CAUGAAUUUGAAUUUGAACUUGUUACUUUCUGUCGCAGGCCCAGGUCCUGCUCGCACUGCUACUGGUGCCUUUGUCCUCUUUUCUUGCAUAAUCUUUUCGAAUUCGUCGCCAAACGAAGACAGUAUAAAUUUGCUUAGCGUAGACGCUGUUCCCCUUCACCUUUUCCUUCAUUGCUCUACGGUCGCGUUUUUUCGUCCGCUAAUAUGAACCUCCAAGUCGUGCCACCUUCCUGUUAUUAUUUCGCAUUUUCCAUCGAUGCCACUGCACCGUUGGAGAUGUGUUGUGAUGGAGGUAACGACCUUAUGCUGCAGAAACUGGAUAGUGUGAGGGAUAGAAUGUAUGCCGGCUACUGCGUGGAGGUCGAGAACCGAAUUGAUGAGGAUAAUAAAUUCCAUGUUGUCUACAUUCAGCCAGUGCAACAGGGCCUCGCAAAGCCCCACCGUCGGAAACCUUACCAUGCACGCCCUCUUAUGUGCAUUCCUAUCUUGCCGGAAACAGCCCAUCCUAGGUCAAUAGCCAAACUAGACAGACGUUCUAGCCAACAAACCCGGCCAUGAUGAACCAGAAGAUGAUAUCUUCAUGCCUGCGUAUCGACCACA